AUGUCGUUAUCGCGACUUUAUGAACAUCUUGCUACGCAUAUGGAAGAGAUUGCCUUGUUCGUUCUUCCUAUGGAUCCGGAUGAUGACGAGAAUGAAGAGAUCAAGGAAUUCACGGAAGACGAAGGCGAAAACGUCGAAGACUUGAAACUGACUCUUUUGAAGAAGGAGUUAGAAGAAGACUCUGGUAAAGCACCUGUCAAGUUUACGGAUGCUAUAGGUAGAAACUUUACUCUCCCGUGGGUCACAGCCAAAACCUGGGCGGGCAUAGAACCUCUGAUUGUAUCAGCUUUUCUCGACGAUGAGCGCAUCAUGUGGCAUGUUCGUAACGGCCACUAUUACUUGCUAGGCCCAGAUAAUGGUGUUAUACCACCACAGGACUGGAGUUCGAUGGUUCAACCUGGAGGGGAAGUCAAGAUGCAACUGUGGCUUACGACUGAAGCUACCGAAGAGGAUAUUGCAAGCAGCCUUGCCGUAGUCAAAGAGCGAGUCAGAGAAGCGGUCAACCCUUCAAAUCUCGUGCUCGAAUCAGAAGUCAAGGUCGCGGUAGGACAACGCGGAAAAGUAAAGGGAGAUGCAGCAGCAAACCCUCCGCCGACCCAACCUUUCGCCACCCCUGGUCCGGCUGCGCGACAACAAACGCAAGUAGCUAUCGACAACACUACUCGAGAGGACGAUGGAGUUAUCAGAUGUAUCUGCGGCAUGCGCCACGACGACGGGUACUUGGUGCAAUGCGAUUCCUGCAAUGAAUGGCAACACAUGAUAUGCUACUAUUCUAAUGAGGCAGCUUAUCCUCUUGAACCCCACCAGAAGCACUACUGCGUUGAUUGUCGACCGCGAGGGCUUAGUGUCGACCAGGCCAAAGAGAUACAAGAGAGACAGAUACGGCGACAAAUCUUUUGGCAUCAGCGUACGAACGUAGAGGGAGAAGCAGGCAUCGACUCUGCCAUGCGAGCACGUCUCGAGAAACUGGGUUGGUCCCAACACGACAUAGAAAUCCUGCUCGACUCCGAAAAGGGCAAAGGCGAGAACACGAGAAAGCUGCAAGAACGUAUACAAACGGAAGAUCUUGAUGAUAGAAUUUUUACCUCAUUGAACUUCAAAGAGCAUGGAAUGGAAUCCCCUCUCGCUGGCCAUCAAGUAGUGUAUCCUCGGGUGAGCCGCAAAUACUUGGAAAUCGAGACUUUAGAGCAUUAUCAAGUACCUUGGGAAUUUGAUCGAGUAAGUUUGCUUUCUGAUUCCCUCCAUUUGUGCUGUUUCAAGAUGCUAACAUCGAAACAGGUGAAUAGCGAAUAUGUAAUUCUCCUCCGUGAUCUCGACAAGUACGAAACAGACAUUCUGUUCGAACACACUCGUCGCCGUCGUCAAGGUUCUUCUGCACCUCUGCUCAUUGAUAGGGUUAAGGGCCUCAGCCCGAAAUAUACUUGGGUCAAACAUAAGAGUGAAUAG